GCCGUGAAGCUGACUCCGCUGUGAGUGGCCCACAGCCGCCACUGGUGAUCUCCGCGGGCCGAAGCCGACGCUAGCCAGAUCUAGUACAGUAGUAGUGGCUAGCGAUGAUCAAGCUCUCUACCCCGAUCUCUUUCUCCCUUCCUCCUCCCUUCCCCCCCCCCUCUCGCCGUUCUCUAUACUGUAUAUCGACCCUUUGUGAGAUGUAGGUAUUGGUUACUUAAGAUUGCGAGGCCGUGACUUUGUUAGUCCUGUUAGUUUGCUCUUGUGCUCGACCCGGAAGGAUGGAGUUCUGACCUCAUUUCUCUUACUGUUCUGAUAUACGAAGUAGCGUUAACUUGAAAGAACUAGAUGUUCUGUUCCGUGGGUAGAAUCCGUAUGAAGUUGAUGAUCUCUUGUGAUUCAAAAUUAGAUUAUUACGUUCUUGACUGAGCACAGAGCUUAUUCCAACGUACUUACGUUCCACGAUAUUUGUUUUUGUAUUGUUCUUCUAGUUCGUGAACUGAUGUGUAUUCAAAUAGGAAGGUUGUGAGUUUACUCCGGCCAAAGUCCCCCGCGUACUUCUGGCGUGUGUGAAACAAUUUGCUAAUCGACGUUUCCCCGUGAAAGUGGUCACCUAAUUCUGUCAGGAAAAGAGUGUCUUGUUAUAAUCGAGAAACUCUCGCUCGCUAGACAAUCCGCCACCCGGCGAGGAGCCCCGGUCUGGCCGGAGACUUAUCCCGGACCGGCGGAAAGGCUCGAUGGCUGCAGUUGGCGCCUUUCGGACACCGGAUACGACAGCUCAUUACAGGCCGGCCCUUGCUGCCCUCGCUACGUCACGCAAACAACAGGGGCCGGGAGCUCCGUGUAUCCGCCCGAGAUGAGGGCGCCAGCUGUCCCAGCAGAGCGGCCGUACCACUCUCUCGGGACUCUGAGAGCUGAGUGCAGCUCCUGACCUCGACCUUUGAGAACUCGUCGUUGUACCUUGCCUUAAAUAAACUCAGGGAGAAACUGACUUACUUAUUUACUCUCUCCCUGUAUCGUCAGGUAAGGCAGAGAGGCGUCGAUGCCACGCUUGCCUGUCUAUUUGAAUGUCCACUUUUAGUGAUGUUUUUACCAGACAGGAUACGCUUUUCCCUUUCUGGUUGGACUUCAUAAUUCAAAAAAUGCUUGCCAACUAAGGAACACUACUCGACUCCUGGGUGAUCGAAGAAGUCGUUGAUGUCACCAAAUUAAGGGACCAGUCGUCAGCUACUACAGUCUAAGACAUUCAAUAUAUCAUAACGUAUUUUUGCUUAUGAGGAACAGAAAAGUGGUUCUGGGGGAAUGGUUUCGUGGAUGUCUCGGACCUGACUUUUUCUUUGUCUCAUCCAAACAAUGGCUGUGAUAGUGGAGAAGGCAGCCGCGCGUACGUACACGAGUGUGGAUUGAUUACGCCGCCCCACUCCGCCUGGAUGUGAGCAGCUGGGACUGCUCCCGGUGGUUGUAUCGAACGGCUCAAAUUAUGAUAGUACAAUUGUGAUAUUAUGAUGCCACCGGUAGCUCGUUUGGUGUGAUGUUUCAAGACAUAUCUCUUCCCCCGAGGAGAUUGGGAUUGACUUUUGUAAGACAGAAUGCCCUGGCAAAAGGCGACAUUUUUAAUAUUGACCGCGGUAAAAGAAAACGAAAAAGUCGCACCUCAGAAUAAAAUAGUCUGCAACUAAUACGCGAUAGGAACAUCAAUAAUGCCACCAAGUGCAUCUAUUAGAAUAUAUGAAUAAGCUGUGACUAUGGUAUAAUAAUGUGUUCUUUUUAUCUUGAUUCAUGAGCAGUGUUUUGCGUGUCGGUGUGGACACACGUCAUGAUAAAAGAGAGCUGGGUUUUUCCCUGUUGGAAUAUAACUAUGAUUAUACAGAAAUAAAACCACGGAAGUAGUUGACCUGUUAUUGUGGUCCUUACCCCAAAAGUGACGUACGAAUGACGUACUGCGAUUUCCACAAUCUCCUUCUAAACGGAGGACGUCUAUUCGCUUGGAUAAUAUUAUUUUCUUCUUGGUUUCGAAUACCACGUGGCGUCCAGAGAAUUGAACUGUUUACUAUGUGAAAGAUAAGGGUAAUGCUGUUGUCGCGUGCUAGAAGAACUCUCCUGACUAAGAAUUCGUAGAUUGCUUUCAUUGUGAAGGGUUUCCUUGUUGCUGAGGGCUUGUGGUUGACCUCGCCUUCGUCAUGACUCCCUCACCGAGUUCAGAGGUCAAGGCCUACGACGACUCGGUACCAAUAGCCGUUCAGGCGCAGGAGAGUAAACGCCGCAAGCGGCGUAUUAUGAAAAUUGCCGUCUACUUUAUGUUCGGUGUCAUCUCUAUCGGAGUAUUCGCUAUCUGGCUGUUUCACAAAGACACUGUGGAGUCUCUCCGCUUCGGCUCCAACUUCAUCCUGACGGUCAAGCUGCGGUCUCUGGAGAUCAAGAACAACGAGGGAGACGGCGUUCUGUACGGCGACAUGGGCCGGAAGCUGCUGGCCACGCCCUACGACCACUGCUGGGACGACAAGUACGAGUCGUACGAGGCCAACUGUCUGUACUGGCGCAAAAUGGCACGGCUGAGGGUGGAGAAGAACGACAACAGCUCCUCCGUCUGCUACACGCUGAUGUGGGAGGGGCUACAGCCCAGCUUCUCUGUGGAAGACUGCUUCUACCUGCAGCAUUAUCACUGGUAUGGCUACCUCAACAACAUGACGUCGCCCUGGCCCAUCUCGGGGGUGUCGCUGAGGAAUGAGGAGUACUACGUGGAGUAUCCCAAGGAGCAGACGGAGAACCUUGCCCCGAUCUGGUUCGGUGAGCAAGGUGUGGCGGUGUUUGUAGACUCGAGCUUUCCAUUCACGGUGUCUUGGAAUGAGACGGACAAACGGCAGUUUUGCAUCAUGUCCACCUUGGAGCAGCGGGACGAGAACGUGCCCGCCGAUCUACUACAGUACACUGUCUGUCAGAGCAGCUCUCUCAAAGACGUCUACACAGCCUCCCAGAACCACCGCCAGCAGGUGGACACGGAUUUCGGCUUCAAGAGAACGCACAAAAGUUUUCUUCUUCCCAAACCUAUCCACGCUUUGUCGGCCAAAGAGAACCUCCCAGAGCUUCUGCUGCAGCUACAGAGGAAUGAGUCACAGUGCAGCCUCAUCGAGCUCUACGACGACUGGGAGGAGGAGUUUGGAGACCUGAGCGUAGACCCAAUCAUGGUGGACAAAGUGGACAACCUCAUCAAAACGGCAGCAGCCCAUCAGUGCUAUCCUAUCCUGCCUAUAUCCACCUUUUUCAGCUACAAAUCCAAGCACUUUGAGGAAGGCAUCAACCGGACAUUCUUUGUACAGGACCACCUGAACUUGGUGACCAAGAUGGUCCAGUGGCGAGGUCAGGAGGGUGCAGUCCUGGACGUGUCCAACCCCCACGCAGCUGAGUGGUUCCUGGGUCACAUCCGCCGUCUCAUCGUGCAGCUGGAGGUCAGAGCGCUGAAGCUGUUCCACCUGAACGUGCCCCCCGACUCCACGUACCACGACUCCAACAUGACAUACCUGGACUACACCCGGAUAUUCUACAGAGACCUGGCCUCUCUCAACAUCUCUCUCGUCCUGGAGUUGGCCACAGGUUUCAUUCCCGUGCCCGUGUACACGCCGGUUCGGAUGUCGUUCUACGGAGAGCCGGGGUCCUCCUGCCUCAACACCUCCAUUCCUUACUCUCUGGUCCUUGGGAUGAGCGGCUACUCCUUACUCAUCGCUGACGCAGACCGGAUGGCACUCCAGUCGACCACGGAGGAGAUGUUCAUUCGUUGGUUGCAGCUCGCUAUUUUCUUUCCUGUUUUAGAAAUCCCCAGUAUUCCCUUGCUGAAGGAGAAAAAGAUGCAAAAGUUCCUGCGAGAAGUUCUGACUCUGCGCGACGUUCAGCUUCUGCCUUAUCUGACCCAAGUGUGGGAGGAGCAGCCCGAACUGCCCAUCAUCAGACCCCUGUGGUGGCUGGCGCCGCAAGAUCCCCAAGCAGCUGUCAUCAACGACCAGUUCCUGAUCGGUGAUCGCCUCCUGGUGGCUCCGGUACUGUGUGAGGGCAGCGGUCAGCGGCAAGUGUACCUCCCCCAGGGCUUGUGGAAACGACACGGGAUGAAGCCUGUGCGGGGUCCGCAGACGGUGGAGGUGCUCACCAAGUCCUUCAAUGUUAUACCUUAUUUCUGGUAUCAAGAGGAUGGGGAAAACUAACACCUUGCCCUUCUAUGUCAUCCUUUUGUUUCUGGUGUCAAGAGGAUGGAGAAAACUAAUACCUUGCCCUUCAAUGUCAUCCUUUGUUUCUGGUAUCAGGAGGAUGAUGGGGGAAACUAAGACGUAGCACAAUUAAGAGCUCUUCUUACCUCAUGAAAUUUACACAGCCUUGACACAUAUCGCAGGUGUCGCCGAAAAAUGAGGAGUACUACGUUGAGUAUCCCAAGGGGCAGACCGAGAAUCUCACCCUGAUCUGAACUUUUUCUUUUACAUACGAAAACAAAUUAUGAUGUUAACAUGAGGUAUUAAUUUUUUUCAUGGUACUCCCAUUCUGUUUUGUUUGGGAAGUUGGUUCACAUGGUAUGAGAAAUAAUGAGGGUUUCUUCUUUGAGAUUAUAAACAACAGUAGGUGCAAAUGAUAAAUGAAGUGCAGAAUGUGCAUUAAAAACCUUGUCUUUAGACUGUCAUUUCUAUUGAUGACUGGAUAUGUUUCUCUAAAUCUCACUGAGACAAUGAAAGGACAUAUAAUACUAUAUAACAACAAAUGAUAGUAUAAUUUUCCUAGUUUGGUAAGGACAAAAAGGAAUAUUUGAUUCUCAGGGAAGAUAUAUGUCAAUAAAACUAAGUGAAAAAUAUGGCAAGAAUUAUUCUAAAAUCAUUUGCCAGUGGCUUUGGGGAGAGAGAGGGG